AUGGCUUCCCCUAGCGUUCUCACCUUUGACGCUGAGGGUCGGGCAGUGGACUUUGAGGUCUGGGUAGAUGAUCUGCAGCUUUUCCUGCAGUGCGAUAGGGCAGACGGCCUCUCCCUGUUUGACCUCACUUCUGGUGCCUCCCCUACCCCUGCUGCUGAUGCUGACGCCACUGUUCGCUCACAGUGGGCCACACGUGACGCUGCUGCUCGCCUUGCUGUGCGCCGCCACUUACCGACCACUGAGCGUGCACACUUUAGCCAGUACAAGAGUGCUCAGACCUUGUACGACGCUGUAGUUGCACGCUACUCUUUCCCUGCCACUGCUGCACUGAGCCGCCUCAUGCUACCGUACCUCUUCCCUGACCUUGCUGCCUUUCCCACUGUCGCUGACCUCAUUACGCACCUCCGCACUAUCACCCGUCUCCCUGACUCUCUCCGUGUAGUGAGGGACCACUUCCUCUCAGUUUGCCCCACCACUCUCACCGUUGACCUCCUCGAGAAGGCCCUCCUAGCGAUAGAGAAGAGCAUAGUCGCUGUAGGAGCCUCUCGUGGUGACUCUCGCACCCCCGUCUUUGAGGGGUGUUCUCCCUCCCCCCUCUUGCCCUCUGUUGCCUCUGCUGCUGCGGCCGACCUCGUUGGUUUCGAGUCGGUCGGCGCUGCGUCUGCCCCGAGCGGGAGACGCCCCACCGGCAAGGGCAAGGGGGGCAAGGGCACUGGAGGGGGUGGAGGGGGCGGUGGAGGUGGUGGUGGAGGCGGUGGAGGGAGUGGGGGUGGUGGUGGGAGUGGUGCUGGGGGUGGCGGCGGCGGCGGCAGCAGUGGAGGCGGCGGAGGCGGUGGAGGUGGCGGAGGGAGCGGAGGCGGCGGAGAUAGUGGAGGAGGCAGAGGUGGAGGAGGCGGCGGAGGCGGCGGAGGCGGCGGCGGCGGCGGAGGCGGUGGUGGUGGAGCGAGUCGCGACUCUGCGCCGAGGAGUGGCGCCGGUGGUGGUCACCGCCAGCAGCAGCAGCGGAGUGGUGUGACCCUGUCCCCUCAGCAGCUUCGUGAGUGGUACACUGCACGCCAGCGCGGUGGGGGUACUGGUCCCUGCUCUUACGCCGGGGUUGCUAUCUUUGAUCUUGACUUUGAUGCUAUUCUUGCUGCCAUGUAUGCUGUUGCUGAUAGUGUUGAGGGUGCCUGUUACCUGUGUGUACCGCCUGACCCGGGCAUUGAGGCUGCUGCGGUAGGUGCUGGUGAGACUGCUGCUCUAGGUGCUAGUGCGUCUGCUGCCCCAGGUGCAAGUGCGUCUGCCGCCCCAGGUGUUGGUGAGUCUGCUCUCUCAGGUACUACGUCGGCUCAGGCCUUCCACACCUUCACCCUGGACUCGGGUGCGUCCCGCUCCUUCUUUCGAGACCGCACCACUCUUACGCCGCUUAGUCGGCCGGUUGCAGUCUCCCUGGCAGACCCCUCUGGGGGUCCUGUCCUUGCUAGCUUCUCCACUAUCCUUCCGUGCCCUGCAGCCCCCUCUGGCACCCUGUCAGGUCUCUACCUCCCCUCGUUCUCUACGAACUUGGUAGCUGCGUCGAGUCAGGUGUUUGCUGCGGCGUCCAGGUCUGGUCCUGAGUCUGCCCCCUGCUCGUGUCGUCUCAUGUCCCACCAGACUCUCCUUUGGCACCACCGCCUUGGUCACCCCUCCUUGCCUCGUCUCCGAGGCAUGGCCUCCCGUGUCCUUGUCUCUGGUCUUCCUCGGUCUCUCCCUCCCCUUCCUCCGGGGCCUGGCCCUACCUGCGUCCCCUGCGUCGAGGGGCGACAGCGCGCUGCCCCUCACUCCUCCGAGUUUCCUCCGACAGAGGCUCCGCUGCAGACUCUACACAUGGAUGUGUUGGGCCCAGCCCGCGUCAUUGGGCAGGGGAGAGAGCGGUACUUUCUGCUGGUCGUUGACGACUACUCGCGUUACACCACAGUCUUCCCCUUGCGCAGCAAGGGUGACGUCAGUGAGGUGUUGAUCGACUGGAUCCGCGCAGCUCGUCUCCAGCUCAGAGAGAGUUCCGGCUCGGACUUUCCUGUUCUGCGUCUGCACUCGGACAGAGGAGGGGAGUUUUCCUCUGCCCGUCUGGGAGCCUUCUGUCGGGCACAGGGCAUCCGCCAGACCUUCACGCUUCCGGCCUCUCCACAGCAAAAUGGGAUUGCUGAGCGCCGCAUUGGCAUGGUCAUGGACGUCGCGCGUACGUCCAUGAUGCAUGCGGCUGCCCCCCAUUUUCUGUGGCCGUUUGCGGUUCAGUACGCCGCGCAUCAGCUCAACCUUCAGCCCCGGGUCUCCUUCCAAGAGACCUCCCCCGCCUUGCGGUGGACAGGGAAGGUUGGCGAUGCGUCUGCGUUUUGGUUUUACCACCCCACCACGCGCCGUGUUCUGUCCUCCCAGGACGUCACCUUUGACGAGUCGGUGCCUUACUAUCGUCUCUUCCCCUACCGCACUGCGCCCCUACCCCCGCCGCCGCUCUUCCUUGCGCCAGGUACUACCCAGGUAGACCCCCUCCCUCCACAGGGUCCUGCCCCUUCAGGUGUGUCCCAUGUAGACGCAGUCGAGCCUGUCGAGGUAGCUGUUGACUCUGGUGCUGCUAGAGGUGCUGAGCCUGCGGGUGCCGGGUCUGCGGGUGCCGGGUCUAGGGGUGCUGAGUCUGGGGGUGUUGAGACUGGUGGUGCUGAGCCUGGGGGUGCUGAGCCUGGGGGUGCGGAGCCUGGGGGUGCUGGGUCUGCUCGUGUGGCCGCCGGCGGUACUUCGUCGAGGCGGGAGCCGCUCUCUCCACAGGAGCUGCGCGUGUGGUUCGCCCGCCGCUUGAGACGUGCUGCUGAGUCUGGGGGUACUGCUGGAGCUGCUGGUGGUGUUGGCGCUGGUGUUUCUACUGGUGCUGGUGCGUCUGGGGGUGCUGUUGAGGCAGCUGGUGCUGACGGUCCUACUGAAGUUGGUGCUGCUGGAGCUGGAGCUGCUGGGGGUGUUGGCGCUGGUGUUUCUACUGGUGCUGGUGCGUCUGGGGGUGUUGCUGAGGCAGCUGGUGCUGACGGUCCUACUGGAGUUGGUGCUGCUGGAGCUGGAGCUGCUGGGGGUGUUGGGGCUGACGGUGCUGCUAGCAGUGGUGCUUCUAAGGGUACUGGAGUUGGCGCUGUUAGAGCUGGAGGUUCUACGGGCGCUAGUGCUGCCGCUGGGGGUACUGGUGCCGUACUUGCAGUUCCUGCUCCUCCCCUAGAGUGUCCACCGCCUGUCCAGUCGCAGUCACAGUUACCGCAUGCCUUCCCUCUAUCUGUUCCUUCUCCCUACAUUGGUCCUACUGGAGGUCUUGCUGAGGGUCGUGAGCCUGCGUCUCGUCCCGCGUCACCUGUUCGUGCUGCUCGCACUAGUGGUGGUACUGCACGUCCGCGUCCUCCUGCGGUCCCCGGCACACACCAGAUGGCACUGCGUCCUUCCACUGCUCCUCUGCGUGUCCUGUUGCCGUCUCCUCCAGAGUCCUCUCUUCCUUCUCUUGCUGACUUGGAGUCUGACUCCCUUCGUGCUGCUAGUCCUUCGGUCACGCGCCUUCUUGCUACUGUCAUCACUGACCCUUCCUUUGAGUCUGCUGCUGCGUCGGCUCUAGUUGCUGAGCUUGUCGACUUCGCUGCUCGCUGUCGUCUAGACUACGCAGCCAAUCUUGUUGCUGAGUCUGAGUCUGUGUGUCCUCCGUCCGUCGGGGGUGAGUGUGCUCUUAGCACGGACGUCCUUGAGGACAGGCAGGAGGAGUUCCAGUGCUUUACGGCUGCUUUGCCCCAUCUCGUGUCCACGCUGAUUGCCCCUGAGGGAGACCCGGAUGCACCAGACAUCCCUACUCCUCGAUCGUACGCUGAGGCGAUCGAGGGUCCCUACUCCUCUCAGUGGCAGUCGGCCAUGGACGCAGAGAUGGCUUCCUGGAAGUCCACAAGCACCUACGUCGACGAGGCUCCCCCACCUGGGGCGAACAUCGUCAGUGGGAUGUGGAUCUUCAGGGUGAAGCGGCCGUCGGGCUCUCCGCCUGUCUUCAAGGCGCGUUACGUGGCUCGAGGCUUCAGUCAGCGGCAGGGAGUUGACUACUUUCAGACCUUCUCUCCCACCCCGAAGAUGACCACUCUUCGGGUGCUGCUGCACAUAGCCGCUCAGCGCGACUUCGAGCUUCACUCUCUUGACUUCAGCACUGCUUUCCUACAGGGCAGCCUGCACGAGGAGAUCUGGCUGCGCCGCCCACGUGGCUUUAGUGGGUCGUUUCCUCCUGGCACCCAGUGGAGCCUCCGGCGGCCAGUCUACGGUCUCCGCCAGGCGCCCCGUGAGUGGCACGACACACUGAGGACUACACUUGCGGCUCUUGGGUUUGCUCCUUCUACAGCCGACCCGUCGCUGUUUCUACGCACCGACACCUCUUUGCCGCCGUUCUACAUCCUCGUGUACGUCGACGACCUGGUCUUUGCCACUGCUGACACUGCUGGACUCGCCCACGUGAAGUCCGAGCUGCAGAAGAGACACACGUGCACAGACCUGAGUAAACUACGCAGCUACCUUGGCUUGCAGAUCACCCGGGACAGAGCACAGCGCACCAUUACCCUGACUCAGUCACACAUGGUGCAGCAGGUCCUUCAGCGCUUCGGCUUCACGUACUCCUCGCCUCAGGCCACUCCUCUGUCUACUAGCCACUCGCUCUCAGGUCUGCCUUCGGAUGAGUCCGUAGAGUCGAGUGGCCCGUACCCAGAGCUUGUUGGCUGCCUCAUGUACCUGAUGACCUGCACACGACACCGACCUCUCAUACUCCGCAAGCCAGCUCGCCACUCAUCUCAAAAGGCCUGA